AUGAAGAGUACAGACUGCAAUGUGAAUUGUAGACAACAGCCAGCACUUGUGAGAUCACACUUACAUGACCCUACAGGGAACCUCCAGCAGAGGUCUCAGUCUGGAAAGGACAUUGAUGAGGUUUGUCUCUCUCAUGUACUGCAGAUUCAAUCAGAGCAUAAAUGCCACCAAACUCAUGAACGUGACAAUGGAACACCUGUGACACAUCAUCAGACAGAGCAUCUACAGCCAUGUGCUCAGCCUGUGAAGGUGUAUGAUGAGCUUUCUCUCACUCCUACUCCAAGACUUCACUCAGGACAUGGCUGCAGCAGGAGCUCUGAAUGUGACACUGGAACACCUGCAGCACAUCAUCUGACAGAGCAUCUACAGCCACGUACUCAGCAGGUGAAGGUGUAUGAUGAGCUUUCUCUUACUCCUACUCCAAGACUUCACUCAGGACAUGGCUGCAGUAGAAGCUCUGAAUGUGACACUGGAACACCUGCAGCACAUCAUCUGACAGAGCAUCUACAGCCACGUGCUCAGCAGGUGAAGGUGUAUGAUGAGCUUUCUCUCACUCCUACUCCAAGACUUCACUCAGGACAUGGCUGCAAAACGCACAAAUGUGAUGAAUGCAAUAAGUCUUUCACAUGUGCCAGUGGCCAGAAAAAGCAUCAAGUCAUUCACACAGGAUUAAAACCACACAAGUGUGCUGAAUGCAAUAAGUCUUUCGCAUAUGUCAGUGACCUAAAAAGUCAUCAAGUCAUUCACACAGGAUUAAAACCACAUAAAUGUGCUGAAUGCGGUAAGUCUUUCACAUGUGCCAGUGGCCUGAAAAAGCAUCAGGUCACUCACAUGGGAUUAAAACCACAUAAAUGUACUGAAUGUAAUAAGUCUUUCACAUGUGCCAGGAACCUAAAAAAUCAUCAAGCCGUUCACACAGGAUUGAAACAAUAUAAAUGUACUGAAUGUGGUAAGUCUUUCAAAUGGGCCAGGAGCCUGAAAAGGCAUGAAGUCAUUCACACAGGACUGAAACCAUAUAAAUGUACUGAAUGCACUAAGUGUUUCACACAGCUAAGCAAUCUUCGAAAGCAUUAUGCCAUUCACACAGGACUGAAACCAUAUAAAUGUACUGAAUGCAGUAAGUGUUUCACACAGCUAAGUAAUCUUCAGACACAUUUUCCCAUACACACAGGCAUGAAACCACAUAAAUGUACCGAAUGUGGUAAGUCUUUCACAUUGGCCAGGAGCCUGAAAAAGCAUCAAGUCAUUCACACAGGACCAAAACUAUGUCAAUGUUCCGAAUGCAGUACGUGUUUCAGCGAACUCAGCAAUCUUCAACGGCAUUAUGUCAUUCACAAAGAAUUGAAGCAAUAUGAAUGUACCAAAUUCGGUAUGAAGAGUACAGACUGCAAUGUAAAUUGCAGUCAACAGCCAGCUCUUGUGAAAACACAGGUACAUCACGCUAGAAGGAACCUUGAGCAGAGGUCUCAGCCUGGAAAGGACAUUGACAAGGUUUAUGUCAAUCGUGUACCACAGCUUCCAUCAGAGCAUCUGUGCCAUCAAACCCCUGAAUGUGACAUCGGAACACCUGUGACACAUCACCUGACAGAGCAUCUACGGCUGCGAGCUCAGACAAUGAAGGUGUAUGAUGACCUUCCUCUCUUUCCUACUCCAACACUUCACUCAGGACAUGGCUGCAGCAGGAGCUCUGAAUGUGACAUAACUAAGAGAUUUCACACAAAGAUAGAAACACACAAAUGUGCUGAAUGCAGUAAGUCUUUCACAUGUGCCAGUGCCCUGAAAAGGCAUCAAGUCAUUCAUACUGGAGCAAAACCAUAUAAAUGUAAUGAAUGCAAUAAGUGUUUCGCAGAUCCCACCAGUCUUCGACGGCAUCUUGUCAUUCACACAGGACUGAGACCAUAUAUAUGUACCAAAUGUGGUAAGUCUUUUGCAUUGGCCAAUAACCUAAAUCGUCAUCAAUCCAUUCAUACUGUAGCAAAAAAAAAAAAGUCAGCAAGCAAAGGAGAGUAAUAGUGCUGAAACUGAAUUC